AUGGACGAGAAGGCCUUCUUCCACCACCACGUCUCUGUCUCUCUCCCGAGACGGUACCGCCGAGUGGCGCUUCUAUCAGCAAUCGCUACUGUUUGCAUUGUGGUGCUGAUCUUACACACGCUCUUUGUGCCCAUUCCCCAGAGCCACCUUGUCAACGAUGCCUUGAGAAUGCACCAGCGGUCCAACUUCCAGCCUCGGGCGCCUGCUCUGGCGCUUUACGACUAUAUCAAGCGUCGGCUGGCGGCGUGGCACAAUCCCGACUUUUCCCACCCCUUGGGUUCUGCAGACGGCAUCUACUUCCACUGGGACGACUGGGUCGACUUGCUGGCAGGCGACUCGGUAUUGCACCGCUUUCGAACCAAGCACCCGCAGGGCACUUGCGACAGGCUCUUGGACCGCUUGGCCUCGGUGGAUGCCUAUUUCCUCGAGACCUACCACACAAAAGUGCUCAGAAGCAUGGCCUAUUUGUACUGUAUCAAGGAUGUGCCUAACAGAGUGUUAGCGGCCACCGAUGCUGGGUACAUUGAAGUGCCUGUGGUGGCAAAGCAGAGGGUGGGCCAGGAGAACUUGCCUCAAGACGUGCCCAAAGACGUGCUUGUGCAGAGCAUGGAGGAGACAAAGCAGUUGGAUCUCCCGGCGCACGAGGAGGUGCUCAAACCGCAGCUUCUUAGAGCCAUUCCUUACAAGCAGAUGCAGAAAUCUCUUGGUGUGAGCGCUAAGGAUUUUGUGUUUGAGCCCGAGGUGGAGAUCUUUGCUCUCAAGGAGCGUCUCAAUGAAAACCGCAUUCUGGAGGCCGACUUGGAGUACUUGGAGUUUCUAGAGUACGCCAACGUUGCCGCCGACACCGAGCCAUGCUUCUUCAAGUAUCCAUGGAUUGCUAGCGACCUUGUGGCUAGAAACUCCCAUCACGUCUACUUUCCUUUUUUCAAGCGCUAUUUCUCCAACAGAGAGAGACAAAGCAUUUUGCAGCACAUAAUCCGGGCAUGGUUUGAGUUUGCAGAAACGGAAAAUGUUGCCUCGUGGAUCAACUACGGGUCUCUUCUUGGCUGGGCCUACAACGGCGUAAACAUGCCGUGGGACACCGACAUCGACGUGCAACUCCCCAUUGUCCAACUUGACCGUCUCUCUAGAAAGUACAACAACACUCUUAUUUUAGAGAACCCAAGAAACGGCAACGCCGCCUAUUUAUUUGAGGUAUCCCCGACCUACGUAAAACAGGGGAACAGCCACAACUUCAUCGACGCGAGAUUCAUAGAUAUCAACUCAGGGCUUUACAUCGACAUCAGUGCCUUGUCUCACACCAACGACGAGCCUCCUCUGGCGGUGUACGAUUCAGACAACGACAUGGCCAAGCUCAAGACCAUGGCUGUUCAUUGCAAGCACUGGAAUUGGCACAGGCUCGACGAGAUUCUUCCUCUCAGAUACGCUUUCUUCGAAGGGCUGGGCGUCUACCUCCCAAGAAACGUGCUGUCUCUUUUGGGGAAGAAGUAUGGCAAGACCUCGUAUACCACUAAGCUUUCAUUCAAGAGUUUCGAGUACAGGACAGAUCUUCAAAUGUGGUUACCUAAGCACGAGUGCAAGCCUUCUAAAGGAGAGUUUGAUCCGUUGGCGGCCAAAGAGUCAUGGUUCAAGGCUUGCGGCAAGCUGUGGCUACUUGACGAGUACAAUAUUGUCACGCCUUAUGUUCAGCGUCAUAACGAGCUAAACUUCAAUGUCGAUGACCAUGUUGAUUACGACCCCCUGUCAAUAGCUCCCCUUCCGCUUUACCGUAAGGACCCCUGGGAUUACUACGAGGAUAUUCUCACCAAUAAGGUCGACAAUGACGAUUGGUUUAAAGAAGACACGUUGUAA